UUCAUAUGAGAAGAAGAAGAAGUAAAAAUGGCGUCAAUAGCUUUUCUGGUGCGACUUGAUCUCAUGACGAUCUCCUUUGCCGCCACUACGUUUAUGAUGAUCUUAAGCUGCUACGCUGCUGAUCAAAAAGAUCAAGUGUGCCUUGUUCCUCCAGACCACGGCCUUUUCUACCACGAUUGCAGCAACCAGACGCUGCCCUCGUCGAACCUGCAGGCCGACGCGGUGGCCUUCGCAGGGAAGAAGCUGUCCCAGGAGCUCAAAUCCAAUUCCUCCGAUGCCUGCGGCGAGGCCACGUUCUUCGCCGGCGCCGACGACCUAGUAGGGACGUUGUUCUACAUCUACGCGGGGUGCGCGCAAGGCCUCGACGGAGGUCAAUGCGAGGAUUGCGUCCAGGAUGCGAGCAGCGUCGUGAGUUACUACUGUCCCGACGCGGCCUGGGCUCAGGCCGCGUCGGUGUUCUGUUGUGUUCAGUAUCAGCCGUAUCCGUUUUGUUGAAACGUCGUAUGUGUGUUUUAUGACGUGGUAUCGGAGCUAUCAUUAAGAUUUGCGUUUUAGAAAUUAUGGUAAUCAUGUUUUAGAAAUGUCUAAGAGUAAUCUGUAAUCCAUAAAAUCCACUAUUUCUACACUAGUAUGACAAGUUUUUUCUGUACCUUUAACUAGGGGUGGCUAUACGAUCCGGUCCAGUUAAAUUGGACCAAAUUGAUUCGAUCACAGUCCGGUCCUUUUCGGGAAUAUAAAGACCAAAGAUUGGA